AUGGUUUACUUGCUCAAGAAACUCGACGACGGGAACUAUGAAGUACAGCAAGACGCGGGCCGCCUUCCCGUAGACGGCAUUGCGGCUGGUAAACACUGGCUCAAAUUUGAUCCAAUGCGCUUCAACGGCGAGGAUGCUUACCGACGGAAGGCGAUCGCGCUGUACACUGAGCUUUCCCCGCCCUUCACCGAUGGAGUGACACCAUUCAUUUUGGAUAUCAACUCGCUUGACAUGGAAGGAGCACACAUGUGUACCUCGGGGUUUUACCCAGACGUACACGACAAGACCGCGACUAACAGGGCCGAUAUCAGGAGGCAUCUGAUCGUGACGCAGUCUAGUCAGACUGGCGACAUUAUUCACGUCGCAGCGGCCCUGCUGCACGACCCUAUGACUGACGUUGUCGUGGUAUAUCCGGAUGGGAACCCUGGCAUUGCAGGAAUUAAGGCCACUUACGAGCUGGCUAUCGGUGCCGCCGAUGCUCUCAAUAACUCUUAUCAACAGCUCAGAGAUCCUGCGGAACGUAUCCGAGCCGUCAAGGAUGUCGACCCACCUAGCCUAGAUGGUAUGCAAUUGCGCAGCUGGUAUGAUUGCCUUCGACGAGACACAUCCGAUACCCCCUUCGGACAAGCUCGAGGGCAUAUACUCCGAUUCGGAGUUCUGCAAUACAAGGACAAAUUGGCCUACGUACGAUCCGAUGAUGCCAUCCUAGAGUAUCCGGUCGGCCCCGUUGGCUGCGCUACCACAAUCGUGGGGGGGUUUGCAGAACAAUACCUCAAGAGCAAGGGCACGGUGUCGGGGAAGAAGGCUUUCUUGGACAAGAACAUUAAAGGCCUGUCGAUCACUGAGAAUGGCUUCCGCCAGAAAGCCGUCGACUAUAUUAAGAGUCAGUACUCGCUCGAUUUGGGUCCCGGGGCCGGGCGCCAGCGCUAUCUUCUCGUAUGGUCUCGCUUCAGCGGUGGUUAUCCGAACGGAUACAACCCGGCCGGCGACUCCAGCGUCCCGGGUCAGAAGCAGCUGAUCAAGUUGGGAGACGAUCCGAAACGCAUCGUGAUCACAAUCGGCCACGGCCCAUACAACCAAGAUUUUCCUGCCGACAUGAAAGGUAAGAUCCACCUUGGAGAGUUCUGGACCAAUCCCACCGGCGACAAUCCUUUCACGGCGGCUGGACGGCCGGGACAAGUCACGUUUUAUGACCUCCUGAACACAAAGCACGAUGUCAUCCAGGUGGGGCAGAAGACUGGCGGGAUGGACGCCGCCGCGCUGGUCGGCAUGCGUACCGUAUACAUCGAAGCCAAGGAUAGUCAUGCGAUCCAAAGGAUGGAGAAGUGGACUAAGACGAUGCCAUGGUACAAAAGUGCGAUCGUUGACAAAGCGCCGACGGCUCUCGGGCGCCUUAUCCUAGCAGAAUACGCGAAACUUGUGAAGCAGAAGGUCGGUGAACCGGGCAAUUUUGCCGAAGCCAACAGACUCGGCAAGGCUACCUACGAUGCGACGGCACCUCCAGACAUAGGCUACUCGCCAGCCGGAGUCAAGGCCAUCGGAGAUACGCUGCGCACGUUUUAG